AUGGAGCUCGGCGCCACAGAUCUUGGCGCCGAACUCGGAGCCACAGAUCUUGGCGCCGAGCUCGGCGCCACAGAUCUGGGCGCCGACCUCGCACACUUAGACCCCAGCGCCCGUGAAUCCUUCUCUGGCGCCCGUGACCCGAAAGAAAUUUUACUGUCCAAGCCGUUGCCCCGUCGCGCCCCCACCGUCGUGCCCCCCCCCCCCCCCGCGGUCGCGCGCGCCGUCCGUCGCGCUCCCGUCGCGCCCCCGGCGUCGCGGCCCCGCGCGUCGCGGCCCCGGCGUCGCGCCCCCGCCGCCCGUUGCUCCUCUGUCUCGGCCGUCGCCCACCCGCUGCCGCGCGCCCGUCGCGCCACCGGCGUCGUGGCCCCGGCGUCGCGCCCCCGUCGCGCCCCCACCACCCGUCGCUCCUCCGUCUCGGCGGUCGCCCCGUGGAACCGGCGUCCACGGCGGCCCCCGCUGCUAGCCGGCGUCCACGGCUGCCCUCCAACCAAUUCCCGCCUGUGUAGGUAUCUGUAG